UCUGUUUGUCACGUGACAGAAUCUGGUUCUUCUGAUUGGACGGUCGGGUCGCUGGUCAUGGAGUUAAUAUGGCGCCUACCUUGGUGGAGCAUGUUGUUGCCGACGCAGGAGCGUUUUUAAAGAAAGCCCCUCUGCAGGACAUCGGCAGGAACAUCUACACACUGAGAGAUGUGGUGGACGAAAUCAGGGACAAACCCACCAGGAGGAGUCUGGCCUUCCUGCCGUACCAGCUGAACUUUAAAGAACCAUGUCCCGAACACAUCAGACUGGUGACAGAGUUCUCCAAGAAGACAGGUGACUACCCGAGUCUGUCAGCCACCGACAUCAAAGUCCUGGCUCUGACCUAUCAGCUGGAGGUGGAGCACGUCGGCUCCCAGCACCUGAAGAAGGAGCCCGAGGUCAAGGUUAACAUUCAGAGCACACGGCGACACCCAGAGACUCCGGUCAACAUUGCAGGAUUCCACUUCCCCUCCAAGAAGCCUGCAGACGGUUUGAACAUCCAGCAGACUCAAACGGAGACGUCAAAAGCAGCCGACAGUGAGGAGUUCAACAGCUUCCAGUUCUGGAGGGAGCCGCUGCCGUCCAUCGACGGUGACCUGCUGGACUUACUGAAUUCGGUGGAGGUUCUGAAUUCAAAGAAUAAACAGAAGCAGACAGACACGCAGACGUCUUCUGACUGCGACGAGUUCAACAGCUUCCACUUCUGGAGGCCACCGCUGCCGUCCCUCGACGACGGUCUGCUGGAUCUGCUGAAAGUGGACGACGUCUCCAUAUCUGACAGCAAACUGGAGGAGUCAGCGGACCAAUCGGACGACGAGGACAAAGAGAACGAGCCUGAAGGUGAAGAGGAGGAGGAGGAGGAGGAGGAGGAUGACGACGGAGGCGGCUGGAUUACGCCCAGCAACAUCAGACAGGUGAAGAUGGACUCUGCAGAUUGGACGGCUCCUGCUGAUGUUAAAGUUGGAUGUCUGACCACCGACUUUGCCAUGCAGAAUGUUCUCAUCCAGAUCGGACUUCAUGUUCUCUCUGUGAACGGGAUGGUGAUCAAACAGGCGAGGAACUACAUCCUGAGAUGUCACGCCUGCUUUAAGACGACCAGCAACAUGAACAAAGUGUUCUGUCCUCACUGCGGCAACAAGACUCUGAAGAAACUGGCAGUGACGGUCAGCGAGGACGGCAGCAUGCAGAUGCACUUCUCCAAAAACCCCAAAGUGCUGAACCCGAAAGGGCUGAGGCACUCGCUGCCGCUGCCUCAUGGGGGGAAACACAGCAGCAACCCCCAUCUGGUUGAGGACCAGCGCUUCCCCCAGCAGAGACUCUCCCGCAAAGCUCGUCAGAAAACGGACGUCUUCAACCCAGACUACAUGGCCGGAGCAUCGCCGUUCUGUGAGAACGACGUCUACAGCCGAGCGGCCAACCUCCACAUCAGAGACGGUCAGUGUGGAGGCGGCAGGCGACGCGCCAACCCCAACGCUGCCCGCAAGAAGUUUGUCAGGAAGUGAAGCGCUGACGGAUGUUUGGACACAAAAACAUUAAAUCAAAAGGACUGCACAGGCAGGUUUUGCAUGCGAGUCCACUGACUAGAGGUCACAUUGUUGGUAAAACACAGCAGUUUUGUCAUUUAAAUACAAAACGGCAUUUUUCCUCUAAAGAUUUUCAGUACGUCGACUCCCCCUGAACGUGUGGAGGCUGAUUUGUCAACAUAAUCUGUCUACAUUUUACUAAAUAAAUAUUAAAAUUCA